AUGUUCGAGUGCCUUAGAAACGGAAUUUUCAGUACAGGCGUAUGUUUCUGGUAGUGUCGAUGAUGGAUUGCAAUUUAUUGAAAAAGAAAAAAGUGACGUGUAUUAUGCUUUUACUACCAAACCGUCGGGGUUCCUUAGUCAUAAAAGCAGGGAUGUAUAUGUUACUGAAGAUGCUCCUUUUCCACCCAUCAUUCCUGCGUUAUAUUCACUUUAUCAUGAUUUCGUGAAAGACCUUAAGAAGGCUACUUAA